AUUGUUUCCAACUUUUGAGCUUGAAUUAUUAAAUUGUUUCGGACAAUUUAAAGAUUCGUCAUGAAUGAACGACUGAACGGGGCCGUCAAACAACCGGCUCCCAACGCUCUCUAUUUCAACAUUUUCAAAACUCUUUUCCGGUGGAAAGGAAGCAUAUACAAGUUGGUGUGGAAACACUUUGUAGGCUAUUUUGUAUGCUAUCUUUCGCUGACCAUCUUAUACGAGUUUGCUUUGAAUGAGACGCAAAGAAGGCAUUUCGAAGCGAUGACCAGAUAUAUUUCGAAGAGUGCUUCGACUUUGAAUUUAAUGAUAAUGCUAGGGUUCUUCACGUCUACAGCCCUACAACGUCUUUUUACUAUGCAAACUGCCAUUCCAGGUACAGCCAAAAUCAUUUCCAUGUUUAUGAUGUCAUUGAAAACUGAUCUAACGCAGGGUUCCAAGAUUGUCCUUCAGUAUGCCCGAUGGGCAGUUCUCAGUUGGAUUCUUGCUUUCCGUAGUGUCAGUGCCCCCCUACGUGACAAGUACCCGGACCUGUGUUCUCUAGAGAGGGAAGAAAUUAUUUUACCGUCCGAGAGACUGAUCCUUGAACGCGCCGAAAUAGAUGGGGAUUUGACUCCUCCCCCAUUGAUCGUCAUUGAUUGGAUGUUGUUGUUGUUGAAAGAAUGUUUGAAAUGCAGCUGCUACAAUAACAAAUCGAGUCAUCAUAAAAACGUUGAAAUGCUCAUGGCGUUCAAGAAGAGCUGCGGAAAUACGAUCAAAUUUUCGAAAAGGAACAUGCCACACGCCAUCGUUCAGGCUGUUAUAAUAGCGGUGUAUUAUUUCGGACUGGUCACGAUGUUGGCCCGUGAUUUGUCCACACCCUCGCUGGGCAAGCCCACACCUCAACAGCCUGACGGCAAUCAAACUGACGUCAUCCAAGAGUCUAUCAAUUCAUUCACGAAAUACCAAGAUAGUGUGCGGCCCGAUCAUGACAACAUCGUGAAGACUAUUAUUCUGUACUUCCCCGUAAUGCCUUUCAUGCAGUUUUUCAUCUUCUUUGCUUGGCUGACAUUCGGCGGAAUGGCAGUUGAUCCUUUUGGUAAGGACGAAACUGAUAUCAAAGUCAAACGACUUUUUGAAUAUCAUAUUAAGGACUAUAGGCGUCUAGCAUCUUUGUAUGCACAACAGUUGGAAGACUUGUUCCCCAAUUUGGGAUUGUUCGAUGAACCAUCGCCCCCGGAGGAUUCAGUUGCACAACAAGCCACGUCUCCACUUUUAGAUGAUGUCACUUCUUUGCCCGAAAUGAGUUUAUUAUUAUCUGUACCAGAGGGAACGGCGAAAGACGAGGUCAGAUUAAAUGAGAUGUCACCGCUGCUCCUCCCUCACACCACAGGUAUCACAAUCGAUGACGUCGUUUGAUCGGUGCCAAAAUGCAAAGCCUUUUGUGCAGUGU